GUUUCAGCUUGCGCAGCCUGUCGAUGGCUUUUGACGGCCUGUUGGGACAAAGUACUUGGGGCACCGGCUCUUCUGCUUUCUCUUCGUGCCAAACAACGUCGUAUUGUUCGACCAAAGGCAGCAGAAGCAUUUGAUCAAGCGCUGUACACAUUGCUCUCCUUUGCACGGCUCUGUGUCUUACUGGGUUUGGAAGAACGCAGUCAGGCACUGAUCGAACGACUCGUUUCUGUUUCAUGUCCACUGGAUGAGUUGCGAAACCUGAGUGCACAGGCUAAAGUGGAUUCUUCGGAGGAACGCUUCAGUAAAUGGCCGAUGCGAAAAGCCGAUGUUGUCACAAUGCAGACUGUCUUAGAAAUUGCUGUUGAAUGUGGUCUACAUGCUCCGAGAUGUUGGAACGAUAUCAUUCGGUCU